GCUAUACGACCUGAACAAAACCAAUGGCUUUCACAAGAACGACGAGCUCUUGUCCCAGGGAUUAUUGAAGGCCAUCCUAAUCUCCAGCAUUGGUCAACAGGGCCCCGAGAAUACCAGGUUGAGAGCUGGAUACACUCACUAGCAAGUGUGUCCCAGCUCCUGGUCGUCCCGACAGGAGGUGGCAAAACGGCUGUCUUCUAUGGCCUGCUACUGUUAAUUCAAGAAUUAAUCACAAAUCCAGUACAUGGAGUUGAGGACUUACCAACAACACCAGUUAUACUAAUUGUAACCCCUCUCAUUGCCUUGGGAAAUACUCAGGUGAGUAGCUUAACCACGACAAAUAAUCGGGCUUACCAAACAGAACAGGCGGCUGAGAUGGUCAACUUGAACAUCAAGGCCAUAGCUGUACACUGGGACAGUGUCCUAAUAAUUCUAAGUCAAACUCUAUAG